AUGGCACGUUCUAUUCUUCUCUCUUCCGCACUAUUUGCGCUACAAGCCACUGCUCAGAGUGCUGCCCCAUACACAGAUGCCAAAACUGGUAUCAAGUUCAAUGGCUACACUGCGGACACGGGAUUCACCUUCGGUAUUGCCCUUCCAGAGACCGCAGGCAAGGACUUCAUCGCGCAAAUCCAGUCUCCGAUAACCGCAGGAUGGGCUGGCUUCAGCAUGGGUCAGAGCAUGGUGGGCAACUUGCUCGCCGUUGCAUGGCCCAACGACGGAAAGGUCGUCUCCUCUUUUAGGGUAGCAACUGGAUACAGCAGCCCAUCUGUCGCAACUGGAGACUUCACCAUGUCUCCCAUCCCUGACGGUACCUUUGUCAACGACACUGCCUUCUCAUACACCUUCCUCUGCUCGAACUGUAUCAGCGAGGAUCCUCUCACUGGAUUCGUCGUCGCUCCCGAGUUGAACAUCGUAGGAUGGGCUCAGUCAGACGACGCUUUGACCGACCCCACUUCCGCCUCUGGUGCACUUACAUACCACAGCGCGGGAUUCGGCGCUUUUGGAAUGCCCUUGGCCGAUGCUAGAAGUGCAGACUUUGCCAAGUGGGCUGCACUUGCGGUCAAGGGUGGUUCAGGAGGAAACUCCACCACUCCAACUACCCCAAUCACUCCUGGUGCCGGCGGAAACACAACCACCCCAAUCACUGGAGGAAAUGCAACUGUAGCCAAUGCGACUUACGACUACAUUGUUGCUGGUGCCGGACCCGCUGGUGUGAUUGCGGCUGAGAGACUUGCGGAGAGUGGCGCUUCCGUGCUUCUGAUCGAACGCGGUGGCCCGUCUCUUGCAUCAUCUGGCAACACCAAGACCCUCGAUUGGAACUCUUCUGUGACUAUGUACGAUGUACCCGCAUACGGAUACUACCUCAGUGAUGUCGGUAGCCCGGCUUUCUGCUCAGACACCGCCGACCAAGCUGGAUGUCUUCUUGGUGGCGGCAGCUCUAUCAAUGCAAUGAUGUUCGUCAAGCCGCAGGAUCGGGAUUUCGAUGACAAGUGGCCCGCUGGCUGGAAGUCAUCUGAUGUCUCCGCUGCAGCCGACCGUGUCUGGGAGCGCAACCCCGGUCAAACUUAUGGCUCCAUGGACGGCAAGCGUUACAACGACGAGGCUUUCAAUGUGCUCUCCAAGUUCUUCGCCGGACAGGGCUGGGCCGAAACCGAUUUCAUCAAAGACCCUAACUCAAAGAAGGAUGUCUUUGGUCACCCAUCGUGGAACGCGGCUGAUGGCCUUCGCUCCGGUGUUGUCAGGACUUACCUUCCCCUUGCCCAGAAACUGGAAAACUUCAAACUCAUGAUGAACACCAAGGUCAUCCGUGCAGUCCGUGAGGGAGAGACCAUCAGCGGUGUAGAAGUCGAGUCAGAAGCUGGUCAGCGCGUCAUCUACAACGUCAAGGCCGGAGGCAGCGUUCUCCUUGCCGCUGGCGCCAUGUCUACUCCUCGUAUUCUGUUCAACUCUGGUAUCGGUCCCGCCAAGCAGCUUCAGACUGUCGCCUCAGGGUCAAGCGGUGUCAAACUGCCAGCUGAGGCUGACUGGAUUGACCUUCCAUUCAACGUUUCCACACCCGUGCGCGCCGAACCCAAGACCGCAUACACAACGCCCAACCAGACGACGAUUGACCUCUUCGCGAAGGGUUCUGGUCUUCUUGCGCAGUCCGGUCAGCGCCUCAACUGGUGGACUUCUGUCAACACUACCGAGGGUAAGGAGGUCUUCUUCCAGGGAACCUGCAAUGGUCCAGCAGAGAACCAAAUCCAGAUGAAGGGUCUAUAUCACACACGGCUCCGAGUCGGUUGGUAG